AUGUAUACACAAAAUCGAUUUUCCCCUAAAUCUAAGAAUGAUAAAUCGAAAUUUUGUGAAAAAAACAAAUUAGACGAGGUUGAUGAUGUUUCCAUUAAUGGAAAAAUUCAUCAUAAAAGCGAGUGUUCAAUUGAAAAUUUUUGGUUCGAUUAUAGAAUAUGGUGUAUCUUAUUUAAAGUCAACUUAGAACAGAUCAGUUCAAUCAAUCAAUUUAUUUCAAAUAAUAUUUUGAAUGCAGAAAAUGAUUAUGUACAUAUUGAGUCAAUAAUUUAUAAACUAGAAAAAAAAAAUUCAAACAAUAAAUUAAUUAGAUUUGACUUUGAGAGAUUCAGGCCAAAUAUCUAUCAAAAAAAUAUUUCUUAUCCAAAAAUACCAAAAGGUUUUUAUGGUAUUGACAACUUUUUGGAACUAAUAGAAAAAGACUUUAAUUACAACAUUUCAAGAAGAGAAUACAAUGAAUUACUAACAGUCUUGACCCUUGAUUCAUUCCCAUCAAUUUCAAGUCUCAAAAUAAUUGAUAAACUAGUUUUUGUUACAAUCACUAUAUGUGAAUACCUUAAAUGCAACUAUUUACAAGGAAUGCAUGAAAUUGUUGGUUGCCUAGCUUUUCUUCAAAAAAAUCCAGUUCCGAUUAACUACCAUAUUAUUUUAUCGAUUGAAAUAAUCAAUAGAUGGGCAAAAUUCCUAAUUCUUCCAAAUCUGUUCAAGAAUUACAAUACUUUACUAAAUGGAAACAAGAUUCACAAAUUAGAAAAAGAUAAGAGAGAUCAUGCAAUUAUUGAGGCUGAAGAUAAUGAAAACGUUAUUAUUGGAUUUUUACACGAUUAUUUUAUUUCUGACCAAUUCAAUGAAACCAAGGAAUCAAUCUAUAAAGAUAUUAAUGAAAAUUUGCAAAAUAGUUGUUUAUCUGAUAAUAGCACCAAUACUAAUUCAGAAAUGAAGUUUUCACAAUGCUUUGAAAAUGAAAUAUAUGAACCAAUAUAUCAAAAUCCAAAGAUAAAGAUAAACGCAAUUGAACAAAUAUUAAAUAUUUGCAAUGAAUUUCACUCGUUUGGUUGUUUUCAUAUUCCCAAUAUUUUUAAUGAAAUUGAGAAAUGUAUCGAAUCAAAUAUUUGGUGCUGUAAUGUAUUUAUUACCUGCGGAAGUUCUCUUUUUAUUGAAAUUGAAAAUGUACUUCUCUUUUGGUUGAAUCUAAUCUUUUCAAGCUCUGAAGUAGAUUAUAAACCUCCAUUCUUCCCUAAAAUCCAAAGUCAAUUGCAGUUAGCUGCGUUUUUAAUUGUACUACUGAAAUCAUUAGAGCAUCAACUAAGAAAUGACAUUUACCUGAUUUGCACGGAUAGAUUCAAGCUAGACUUGGAUUUAAAUCUACGAAUUGGUAUUGUUAGUAUAUUGAAUCCAUUUUUAAUACCAAACAACAAUUUAGAAAACACAGAUUUUAGUAAAACAAUCCAACAUAGUCCUUUUGAAGAAUUUAUUGGAGAAAAAAAAUCGUUAUUUUUAGAUUUGUUCCAAGUAAUUCUUGCAAUGGAAAGCUUGCUUAUGUCAACUCCAAUAUCACUACAAAAGAGAGUCAUAAAUACCUUAAAUAAUUUUGACUCUACUUCUAGUUUUGAAGAGGCUAAAUUAAAAAAUGUCUUUAUUAAUUUUAUUGAACCAAAAGAAUUAUUAUAUUACGACAAAGAUUUUACAAUAAAAAAUAAAAAAUGUUCAGAUGGUAUUGUAAACAUUAUUUCAGGUAAAGACAUUGUCCUAAUAGAUAUUUUAUCUAGUUUUUAUUUCGAUAAUGCAAUUGACUCAGAUUUAGAUAGAUUAAUAAGAAGAUUAGAAAGUGCGGAAGAAUUUAUCAAAUUUAAAGAAGGAAAUACAGAAAUUAAUUAUGAGCUUUCCAAACUUUUUGACGAGGAACUUCUGUCUAUUUUAUUACUGCCCAUGUUACGAUUCAGUUUGAAAACAGCUAGGAUUGUAAAAAUACCACUUGAAAAAGAUAAAAAAUGUAUAAAUAGCCAAGCCAUUUUUCAAUUUUUAGAAUUUGCCUCUAGAAGACAACGUGCAUUAUUAAUCCAACAAAGACCAUCCAUUUGGAUAAUAUAUGGGCCAAAAAACGAAUUAAGAGACGAAUUUGCUUAUAAAUUAAUAGAAAAUGGGUUAAUAGGCGUUCAAUUAAUUGAUACAAAUAAAGUUUUUAAUGAAUUACUCGAAAAAUGUUAUUUUCCAAAUAAAUUUGAUUUUUUUAUGAAUAUUAUCAAAGAUGUAAAAAGUAAUUUAUGUUUGGCUAACAAUAGAACAAAUUAUAAGAGCAGAGCCUUAUUAAAAAUUAGCACUAUAAGGAAAAAAAAUAUCAUAAAAGAGCCUUUAAUUACAAUAAAUACGACAGAUUAUAACCAAAAUAGAAAAGUUUUAAAUAGUGAGUCAAAAUUGAACCAUGAAAAACAAGAAUACUUAAAUGUGAGUAAUAGGAUAGUAAAGUUCAAGCCAAAUAGAAGAAAAAUGUAUUAUAAAUAA